GUGAAGGUUUGGCCGAGCUGAGUGUAAUAUCUCCGCUCCUUCCAGUGUCUGUUCUCCUUUUUCUUAUUCUUCUUCUUACUCUCUUUGUUCUUCUGCUCCGAUCAAUUGUUCUUCGAUCACUCACCAUGGCGAUGGAUCCCAACCCAAAACGUUUCCCCAUCCUUUCCUAUGUCCUGGCCCGAAUCCCCUCUCUCAGCCCUCGAUCGCCGCGCGUCGAAACCGACAUCGAACAGCCUGCAUCUCCGAUGUCCCGCAACGCUCCGCAUCAUUCCUCCCAUCCUUCCUCAUCCUCCCCCCGAAUCGUCGAUCACAUGCCUCAUUUAUCGGACCCUAAGUUAUUGGCUUCUAUGACCAGCGCUAUAUCUGAUGUCGCUAAGACCCGAUCCGUCCUCAAAAACCUUGGGGAGAGACCUGACCAUGAGGCUGUCGAUACUGCUAAUGCUAAGCUCGCUGAUGUAGAAUCCAAGUUGUCUGCCAAGCUCCAGGAAAUCGUGCUUUCGUCUAGGCCGGCGGAUGUGGAGUUGCUCGAGUGGAGGGCUCAUCUUGCUCAGCAAGAGAACGAGUGCCGGGAGGCGGCGGAUAAAGAGAAGCAGGUGUAUAAGGCGAUUGUGCAAUUGGAUGCGAUGCACGAGGCGUAUGAGAAGAUGUUGAAGGAAGCUGAGGAGAGGUUGGUGAAGAUUUACGAGUCGGCGGAGAGAGGACUGCCGGAGGAGCAACGCUUGGAUCCAGUGAACGAGGAGGUCAAUGAUGAUGUUGCGAGGAUUCUUCAGGAGGCAAAUGAGAAGCAAAUUGAUCGAGUUAGUCUCUCCGGCCGACGUUUGCGGUUCUUGCCUGAAGAAUUUGGACGUAUUCGGGGAUUGGUUGUGCUUGAUAUUUCCUGCAAUCAACUCAAGAUUAUCCCUGAUUCGAUAUCCGGCUUAGAAAAUCUAGAAGAGAUGAAUGCCUCAUCCAAUCUUCUGGGGACAUUGCCUGACUCAAUUGGCUUACUGCAAAAGCUGAAACUCCUGAAUGUCUCCGGAAACAAGUUGCACGCCCUUCCUGACACAAUAUGCCAGUGCAGGUCAUUGGUGGAGUUAGAUGUGAGCUUCAACAGUCUAACGUACUUGCCAACAAAUAUUGGCCAUGAACUGGUGAAUUUGCAGAAGCUUGCUAUCCAGUUAAACAAAAUACGUUCACUUCCCUCUUCUGUUUGUGGUAUGAGCUCUUUGCGUUACCUGGAUGCUCAUUUCAACGAGCUUCAUGGCCUUCCUCAGGCAAUUGGGAAAUUGACUCAACUUGAGUAUCUCAACCUAAGCAGUAACUUUACUGACCUUAAUGAACUUCCACAGACCUUCGGUGAUUUAUCCAGCCUUAGGGAACUUGAUCUUAGCAAUAACCAGAUUCACUCUCUACCUGAUACAUUUGGCCAUCUUGAGAAUUUAAAGAAACUAAACUUGGAGCAAAAUCCUCUUGAAACUCCACCCAUGGAAGUCGUAAACAAAGGACCGGAUGCUGUGAGGACAUUCAUGUCCAAGAGGUGGCUUGAAAUUCUUGAGGAGGAAGAUAGAAAAAGAACUCUUGCAGUGGAAGAACAAGGACAGACUGGAUGGCUGACUCGAAGCACUUCUUGGGUGAAGACUUACGUUUCUGGGGUUACAGAAACCGUGUCUGGUAUUGUUGGAUCUCCUAAAAGUCCGAAAGACCCUUUUCUUGAUCAGCAGCUAUAAUGUGAUGGAGCUCUUACACCCAUUUUUACAUUCCUUACACCUCUACCUGUCGCGGCCUUGCUUCCUUCACCCCACACUGAUUUUUGGUCCUUGAUGAUAUGUCUCGAUCAGGUUCAGUAGAUUCUUUUACUGUCAUGAGAACUCAUAAGAAACCACAAUUAUAAGGAAUUUUUGUUGGAGUUUGAAGCCUGGAUGAGUUUGCUAUUGUGUGUUUUUGUAGCGUGUCUACGGCAAUUGAACAGUGAGGGAAAAUUGCUGGGUUACUUACAUUUCUCCCCGGUUCAUUACUGGCCGCAUUGUACAUUUCUCCUUACUAAUAACCAUAUUUUCCCAUCCAGUUUGACCUGAAUGACUCUCUUUCACUCCAAUAUUUAGUUU